ACCAUAAGCUACUUACAAUUGCUUAGGCUGACCUUGCAUUCCGCUACGUUGCUUUGGAAGGAGUUCCCGGUCGCAAGUGCUGUGCCCGGUUAAUCGAAUUGCAGCUAAUAACGCAGACAUAUUAUAUCGCGUUCACUCGAGCACCGCACGCGGGCUUUGGUCCAGGCGUAUGCGGUCCCAAGUUGCCCGGCUUGUGAAGAACGGGGCUUCCUCCAGAGCGGUGCACCUGCGCAUAAGCUGCAUGGCGCAUACAUACCAGUAUCCCCGCCCCGCCGUGACGGUGGACGCGGCCAUUGUGGCCAGGCCCAGCGCGGCUGCGCCGCCGCAGCUGCUGCUGAUUAAGCGCAAGAACGAGCCGUUCAAGGAUUGCUGGGCGCUGCCGGGUGGCUUUGUUGAUGAGAACGAAAGCCUGGACGUGGCGGCCGGUCGUGAGCUGCAGGAGGAGACGUCGGUGGACCCCGCGUCCGUGUCCAUGACCCAGGUUGGGGCUUUCGGCGACCCUGGCCGCGACCCUCGUGGCUGGACCAUCACCGUUGCUUAUGCGGCGCUGGUGCCCUCGACCGAGCUGGGAGUAAAGGCGGCGGACGACGCCAAGGACGCGCGCUGGUUCGACGUGUCGGCGCUGCCGCAGCUGGCCUUCGACCACAAGCUGGUGGUGCGCAGCUCGCUACGGCACCUGGCCAAGCAGCCGGCGGCGCAGGCCAUCGACGGCCUCUCGCCGGUCCUUGAGUCUGCCGCAACACAGCUGGAUGGGCCGUGGCAGACAGCGGAGUCGCGCGAGCCGCCGAAGCGAACGAAAGGCGGUGUGUGAGCGGUGGCGCGGUCUGCGGCGGCUUGUAGGGGCGGUGCAGAGUUGGCGUCACGAGCUGUUGAGGCGCCAGUCGCAGUCUGAGUCUAUGAACAGUGUUGCAUACACGUAUGGCCGCAUGAUGCAGAUGCGCUCUUGGCGAUGCAGGUGUCGCAUGCACGUUGGGUUGUGGCAAUGGAAUCUCAGGCAGCAGGUCCGGACAAGCGUGGCCGGGUUGGUCAAAAGUCAAGGUUGUAGGGUGAAGGUGCUCAAGGAGCCCAAUUGGGUUGUGCGCGGCGGCAGCGCAUGAUGGGGGCUGUGCACUUGCGGCAGUGCAUGAAGGAUGAGGCACCACAAUGACAGGCCCCUGCAGAGCCGUGUGCCGGCCUGUCCGCUGGGUGCUGUAAGCUUGCUCAAGUACAGUAGGGAGUGUGCUUUUGAGUUGGCAUAUCAUGUAUGAGGCGCUGGAUGCUUAGUGCGUUCGUACACAUGCUUGCCUGAACGGCAUUGAAGCAAUCCAGGCGCAGGAAGUGCGGAGUUUUCGCGGCGCGUGGUGGGGCGCAAUCGCCACGAGUGACCAUGGCGUGCCUGCCUGUCCAAUGCUGUGUGUUUGCCCGUACACAUGUCACAGAUG